AUGUCGGAUGCCCCUGUUUCAACAAGUGCCAGUUCGUUCUAUGUUGUAUCCUCGGAUGGCCAUGGCCACAAUCAUACCAAUCGAUUUCCAAUGCACAACGGCCUCUGGCUCCUUGCGGAUGAUUUCAACAUGGAGCCUUUGCCUCCAAACCCAGCAGUCAUACCAGCCAGCCCGGUCCACUACCCACAAUGGCAACUUGAUGUUCCCUUACACGACGGCUCCAUCGUUCCUCGACCCACUGUGAACCACGAUCUAGAGAUGGGCCUUAAUUUGCGCAUGCCGACAAGCGUCCAACCCAAUUCGAUCUCUACCGCUGGGUUUUCAUAUGAGACCGGUGCGAAGGAUACCAAAGAAAGUGGAAAGAACCACCGACCUGCGCAAAGAUGUAAAUGGGAGGGCUGCACAUCUACAAAAUGUUUCAACCGUGAGGCCGACCUUCUGCGGCAUGUUAAGACCAUCCAUAUCGCGCCUCGGUCUUAUAGAUGCAAUGUCGAUGGCUGCUUCAAGUCCUUCAAUACGGACGAUAAUCUAAAGGAGCAUAUACUCAGGGUGCAUGACUGUGAUUGUUAG